AUGGUGUCGGGCUCAGGGAUCUGCGCGAAGAGAGUGGUUGUAGACGCCAGGCACCACAUGCUCGGCCGCCUCGCUUCCAUCUUGGCCAAGGAGCUGUUGAAUGGCCAGAAGGUAGUCGUUGUUCGCUGCGAGGAAAUCUGCCUCUCCGGCGGACUCGUGCGCCAGAAGAUGAAGUACCUGCGUUUCCUUCGCAAGCGUAUGAAUACCAAGCCUUCUCAUGGCCCCAUUCACUUCCGCGCACCUUCCAAGAUUCUGUGGAGGACGAUUCGUGGGAUGAUCCCUCACAAGACCAAACGUGGAGAAGCUGCACUCGCGCGUCUGAAGGUUUACGAGGGUGUACCACCACCAUAUGACAAGAAGAAGAGGAUGGUUAUUCCGGAUGCCCUCAAGGUUUUGAGGCUUCAAGCUGGUCACAAGUACUGUUUGUUGGGCAGACUCUCUUCUGAAGUUGGAUGGAACAACUAUGAUAUCAUCAGGGAAUUGGAGAAGAAGAGGAAAGACAGAGCCCAGGUAGUUUAUGAAAGAAAGAAGCAGUUGGCGAAAUUGAGAGUCAAAGCUGAGAAAGUUGCUGAAGAGAAGCUUGGUGCUCAACUUGAUAUUAUUGCUCCAAUCAAGUACUGA